GACGUCACUCAUCUUGAACUCGACGCUGAUUAAGUGAAGUUGUUUGGGCUGCACAAGAGCGAAGAGUAGUGCUGAAAGGGCUUCAGUUCAUGUUGCUGCUCUUGAGGCGCACGGUCCCGCUGCUUUCACGUAGAUUCGCCAGCUGCUGUCCAUCCGCGGUACCGAAGCCCAUCUUGGCAAGUUCCGUGUUGCUAAAUCUCGGAAAGAUAAACGGCUCUAUACAUAGUUCCUUCUUCGGUAGCGUAAGCGGCCAAAAUACAGGAACCAUGCCCGAAAGAAGGCCCUUCGUGCGGUUACCUACUGACGUUUACCCUGUCAACUAUGGGUUAUGUCUGAGGCCAGACCUGAUCGACUUCACUUUUGACGGCAAGCUGGAGGCACAAGUGGAGGUCACACAGGCUACCAAUCAGAUUGUGAUGAACUGCGCUGACAUCGACAUUAUCACAGCCUCCUUUGCACCAGACGGAGGAGAUGAAAUCAACGCCACAGGCUUCAACUAUCAGAACGAGGAUGAAAAAGUCACCUUGUCGUUUCCUAGUGCCCUACAGAAAGGCUCCGGCACAUUGAAGAUCGACUUUGUGGGGGAACUGAACGAUAAAAUGAAAGGAUUCUAUCGAAGUAAAUAUACAACACCUGCUGGAGAGACCCGGUAUGCAGCUGUCACACAGUUUGAGGCCACAGAUGCCCGCAGAGCUUUUCCCUGUUGGGAUGAGCCUGCCAUCAAAGCCACCUUUGACAUCGCUCUGAUAGUUCCCAAGGACAGAGUAGCCUUGUCCAAUAUGAAUGUCAUCGAUCGAAAGCCAUACCCAGAUGACGAAAACCUGGUGGAGGUAAAGUUUGCCACCACACCCAUCAUGUCCACGUACCUCGUAGCUUUUGUGAUCGGCGAAUAUGACUUUGUGGAGAGCCAGUCGUCCGAUGGCGUAACGGUACGCGUCUACACUCCUGUCGGGAAGGCGGAACAAGGGAAGUUUGCAUUGGAGGUUGCUACUAAGACCUUACCUUUCUACAACGACUACUUCAAUGUUCCUUAUCCAUUACCUAAAAUUGAUCUCAUAGCUAUUGCUGAUUUCGCUGCUGGUGCCAUGGAAAACUGGGGCCUUGUUACGUACAGGGAGACUGCGCUGCUUAUCGAUCCGAAGAACUCCUGCUCGUCAUCCAGGCAGUGGGUGGCGCUAGUGGUCGGACACGAACUCGCCCACCAGUGGUUUGGAAACUUGGUCACCAUGGAAUGGUGGACUCACCUCUGGCUUAAUGAGGGCUUUGCAUCUUGGAUUGAGUACCUGUGCGUGGAUCACUGCUUCCCAGAGUAUGACAUCUGGACCCAGUUUGUCUCGGCAGACUACACCCGAGCUCUUGACCUGGAUGCACUGGACAGCAGCCACCCCAUAGAGGUGAAUGUGGGUCACCCGUCAGAAGUAGAUGAAAUAUUUGAUGCAAUCUCCUACAGCAAAGGAGCAUCUGUGAUCCGAAUGUUGCACAACUACACUGGAGACGAGGACUUUAGGAAAGGAAUGAAUGCAUAUCUUUUAAAGUUCCAACACAAAAAUGCAUCUACAGAGGACCUCUGGGACUGUCUGGCACAGGCGAGUGGGAAACCUAUUGCUGCAGUCAUGAGUUCAUGGACCAAGCAAAUGGGCUUCCCAAUUAUAGUAGUUGACCAGGAACAGCAAGGUGAGGACCGAAUUCUGAAGAUUUCGCAGAAGAAGUUCUGUGCCAGUGGACCACAUAAUGGUGAGGAUUGCCCCAGCUGGAUGGUGCCCAUUAGUAUCUGUACUAGCGAGGACCCCAAAUGCUCCAAGCUCAAGUUUUUGCUGGACAAAGCUGAGACAACUGUUACUGUGAGCGGCAUCGGUCCAGACCAGUGGGUAAAGAUCAACCCUGGAACUGUGGGCUUUUAUCGCAUCCAGUACAGCUCAUCCAUGUUGGAGAGUCUGCUGCCGGGAGUCAGAGACCUCAGCCUGCAGCCUGUGGACCGACUCGGGCUGCAGAACGACCUCUUCUCCCUGUCUCGUGCAGGGAUGAUCAGCACAGUGGAGGUGCUGAAGCUGAUGGAGGCGUUCAUCAACGAACCCAACUACACCGUUUGGAGCGACCUGAGCUGCAACCUGGGAGUGUUGUCUUCACUGCUGUCUCACACGGAGUUCCACGAAGAGAUCCAGGAGUUCAUCCGGGACCUCUUCUCACCGAUCGGCCUCAGGCUGGGCUGGGAUAGCAAGCCAGGGGAAGGCCAUCUGGAUGCCCUGCUGAGAGGCCUGGUUUUGGGCAAACUGGGCAAGGCGGGACACAAACCCACCCUGGAGGAGGCCAGACGGAGAUUCAAGGAGCACGUGGAGGGGAAGCAGGUGCUGCCUGCAGACCUGAGGAGCCCAGUGUAUCUAACAGUGCUGAAGCAUGGCGACAGCGCCACACUGGACACGAUGCUGAAGCUCCACAAACAAGCAGACAUGCAGGAGGAGAAGAAUCGCAUUGAACGAGUGCUCGGCGCCAUCUCUGCUCCUGAGCUAACCCAGAAGGUCCUCAACUUCGCGCUCUCGGAAGAGGUUCGUCCCCAGGACACGGUGUCUGUAAUCGGAGGCGUGGCAGGAAGCAGUAAACUAGGCCGGAAAGCUGCCUGGAAGUUCGUCAGGGACAACUGGGAGGAGCUUUACAACCGCUACCAGGGAGGCUUCCUUAUAUCACGCCUCAUCAAGCUCACAGUCGAUGGAUUUGCUAUUGAUAAAAUGGCUGCUGAAGUUAAGAGUUUUUUCGAGAGUCACCCUGCGCCAGCUGCUGAGCGCACCGUGCAGCAGUGCUGCGAGAACAUCCUCCUGAACGCCGCCUGGCUGAAGCGUGACGCAGAUGACAUUCACCAGUAUCUACUGCAGCGCAAGGCGCCCCCCGUCUGAGCCGCCUGCCAGCUGCAUGCUCUCCUCCAGCCCCUCCCCCCAUCCCCCCCCCUUCCAGUGCAGACGUCCCAUCAUCAUAGCUGUCUGUCUCGCCCACCUUCCGUGACUUUAUAUCAGAAGGGCGGACGAGAGUACUUCUAGCUUCAUUACUCUGAAGUGUUCAAAACAAGAAGACAAAGCCAAGGAUUGAGCAGCGCUUUGGACGGAUGAGAAGAAUUGAAAUGAAUGAGCAAAGUCCAUUUAAUCAGACCCGGAAUGUAGGUUUGCUCCCAUUCUGCCCGUGACCAGAGGACAUAUCCAUCAGUUGGUGCGCAACACUACUAAAGCUGUGCUCAUCAGAGCUGCAGAUACAGCGGAACCCUGCUAGUCCACCCUAUGUCACGUGCCCUCAUAUGUACACCUUCAUCCAUCCCUCCAUCAUAGCUGAGAAAACUGUGAACCCCCCCCCCUGCCCAAACUCCUCUGUUCAUUUUAUCUGCUCCAUCCACACAUGUUGUAUGCAUCAAGUGUCAUUUUUCAGCUUUGUUCAGAUUGAAAGAAUUUCCCAUCGUUUUCCCAUCUCUGUGUGCGUCUCUUAACCCCCGCCUCCUGUUUCGGGCACUGUGAUUGGGUGAAGGCAGAGGGCAUCUGGACUGAGGGAGCUUCUUAACACUAGUGUGUGUUGUAGUUUCCAACGGCACUGAUUCUUCACUGCUGAUAAAUUGUUAGGAUGGGGCAAGCAGCGCUAGCAUGGUACUAUAUUGUAAACUGUUUAAUGCAAGCAUUUUUAUUCUGAUAUUCUUUUAAAAGAAAUAAUGAAACUAUUCAUAAAUCAUGUCUCCACCCUCCCUUCAUGCGCCUAAAACGGAGUUCUGUUAAGUCGGUUUGUAUAGUUGGGAUCGAGGGGGGGAAAAAAAUAUUUAAUCAUGUUACUCUAUCCGCUUCCAGCCAUUAAAUGAUUCAGGAGUGUUUUUUUUAUAAGACAACAGAUGCAGUGAUUUAUUUAAAUGUUUAGAUGAUCUUUAUUCCAGAAGAAAACAUCUGAAUAUUUACAGUGUCUUUUAUUCUGAAGGGACACCAGGAAACUCUUGUUUUGCAGCGGCAGGACUUUUCUCCAUGGGACAGAUUGAUCUCCAGUUUAACUGUCAAACUGGGCAGCCUUACAGCAGCAGGUUUGCAGUAAAUACUAAACCCUAAUGGUGUGAAAAUAGGUGACUUCCACUCAAUAUAAACUGUAUCCAACAUGGCAGGUUCUGCAGACUUGUUAAAAAAUAUAUAUAUAAAAUGUG